CCACCGCCUCAUCCUGUAUUUACUGCUAGUGAAAAUGGCCGCUACAGAUGCUGCCGAGAUUUCACACAGACAAACAAAAACUACUUUCACACUCGACUAAAUGAAACGGAUGCGACGCGAACGCCGUGAGGGAAUAUUAUAUAACGCAAAACGGAGUUCAUUUCAUCCCGAGCCAUCACUGAAGUGUUGUUUAACAGUGUAAGCGCUAAUUUUAGCUCAAGCUAACAGUCAGGAGUGCGCGCGUGCACGCGCCCGUGUGUUCGGGCUCGAGCAGAACCGGAGAGUCCAAUGGCUGACCCGAGAAAAGUCCCGUUCGUCACGCUCGCCUCGUUCAGCAGCACCACACCGGCGGCGCCCGAGUCGAAGAAACGCCGGCGUGAGGACGAAGAGAAUGAACCGAGUCCCGGUGUCACCGGCGGGGGGCUGUUCGGUACCGGGAAACCGGCAUCGGAUCCCGGCGAACCCAAACCGACCGUCCGCCUCAACCUGAGCCUGUCAGAACCGAGUGAACAGAGAUCAGCCGAGUUCAACUACAGCGAGCUGGUCCAGUCCAACCUGCAGGUGAGGAAGGUUCCUCAGGGUCUCACUCCAGCUCUGGACCCCAGCGACCCGUUUGCAGAUGAAGACAAAGAGCGGCAAGAAGUUGAGGCUCUCGCCAGGAAAUUUGAAAGCAAAUAUGGAACCACUGUUAAGAAGAAACGACGAGACCGGAUGCAGGAUCUCAUCGAUAUCGGUUACGGCUAUGAUGAAACGGAUCCGUUUAUCGACAACUCUGAGGCCUAUGAUGAGCUUGUUCCUGCGUCUCUGACCACUAAACUGGGCGGUUUCUACAUCAACACCGGCACACUGCAGUUCAGGGCCGCGUCUGAAUCAGAGGGAGAGGACGGAGGAAAAGACGCCAACCACUUUAAGAAAGAUGGAGAGGAGCGGGUGAUAAAGAGAAGGAAGAAGAAGCAGGACGGCGGCUUGGAGGAGAAGAAACCCAGGAAAUUUAAAGUACCGAAACCGGGUGUUUCGGCUCUGAACCGGCCGGAGAAGAAGAAGAGGAAGAAGCUGAUGAAGGACUCUCUGUCUCUGGCCGCCAUGAUCCGCCGCUUCACCCGCGAGAAAGAGGAGAUCCGCAAGAAGAACCCGGCGACCACCGUCAAGCUCGUCCGCGCUCCGCCCAACGCCACCGCCGCCGUCGCCCCCAGCAACGACCUGUCCAUGGCUGACUUGACCUCUGACCCGGCGGUGAUGUCACUGCUUGGCGGAGCCACGGAGAACGACAUGCUGCAGGAGCUGAUGGGCGAUCUGGACUUCGGUCUACUGGACUCUCCUGGGCCGUCCAGUCCCGGGCAGGGCGAGAACGGCACUGUGGCGGCCCAGAAAGCGGGAGCCGCGGGUCGAGUGCAGAAGACGGGGCUGAUGCCACCGCCACCUCUUCCCAACAGCCUUCCUGCUCCACUUAUCAAACGAAUCGAGGACCUGCGCGCGGCGUCUCGUCAGUUCGAUAUGGAGGGCAGGAAGAAGUUUUUCACGCUGGACAUGAACAACAUCCUGCUGGAUAUCGAGCUGCAGGUGCAGGAACAGCCUGCGACGGUGCGAUCGGCCGUCUACUCUCAUCUGGAGGCGUUUGUGCCGUGCAAUAAAGAGGCUCUGCUGAAGCGGCUGAAGAAACUCAGUCUGAACAUUCAGGACGACCGGCUGCGGACGCCGCUGCUCAAGCUCAAGCUGGCCGUGUGCAGCGUCAUGCCGGAGCAGAUCGCGCGAUACAACAUGGACUGCAUGGCCAAAGUCGCCAAGCAGCAGACGGAGGACGGUGACAGAAACGGCUCAGAGGACGAUGAUGAAGAAAAGCCAGGAAAAAGAGUGAUGGGACCCAGGAAGAAAUUUUUGUGGGAUGACAAACUCAGGUCUCUGCUGUGUAAUCUGGUGCGGGUGAAGCUGGGCUGUUAUGAGCUGGAGGGUCAGGGUGCAGUCUCCCCUGAAGAUUACCUGAAGGUCUUCAUGGAGACGGAGGUCAAACCGCUCUGGCCCAAAGGAUGGAUGCAGGCCAGGAUGUUGAUUAAAGAGAGCCGUAUGGCUCACAGUCACCUCACAGGAAAUACAGUAAAGAAAAGGAUGUUACCAACUCCGAAAGCGAAGCCCAAGCCUCAGGACAGCGGUGUGCUCCAGCGAACAUCCGUCUCAGUGGACUCCACACCACCUCCAGCCAUCCAGCGUCCGGCCGUCUCAGUGGAGGCCACGCCUACUGCUACUGUCCAGCGAACGCUGUCCCCACCGGAGCCCAUCUGCCUGUCGGACUCUCUAGAUGAGGACCUGACGGCCCCGUCGCUGGACUCCAUCUCUCACGCUCUGGCAAUGCUGAGCAGUGCUGCGAAAGACCUGGUCCAGUCCGACAGCCCGCCGACUGUCGAAGCACCCAAACCGUCGCAAUCACUGCACGCGUCUCCACACUUGGCCAAAAAGAGCACUAGCACCCCACCUCCUCCUGCUCCUGCUAGCAUCCUCAGCUCCUCGACCUCGUCUCCGGCAGUUAAAAGCGUGAGCGUCUUGUCGCCGGUUCAGAGACACUCGGUUAUUCCUGCUCAGAGACCAGCCGUGACUCCGGCCACCAAAAUGGGCGUGUCUCCGGCAAAGCCCCGCCCUCCACCGACAGCGUCGCCUCUUCACGCCCCUCAGAAGAUUCCGGCGGGAAAAACGGUGGUUGCCAUGCCAACAGGCCUCAUCAAAACCAGCAAUAACAGCUCGUCUCCGGCGCAGUCGCGCACGCUUCCCACCGCUUCCUCGCCGUCGCUUUUAAACGUCAAAUCCGCGCAGUCUUUCCACGUGACGCCGCAAGUCAAAAACCACGAGUCGCCCAAACCCGGCUUCAUCACGCCCAUGCAGGCCACGCUCACCAAAUCGCCACACAACCCCAGCUCGCCCAUUAUUAAGCUCACGCCCACCGCCUCGCCUGUCGUCUCCAGAACGCCUACGAUACCCAGCAUGCACCAGCACGCCUCUAAGAGCCCGGGCUUCCACACGGGGUUCGUCGCCGGGGGUUACAGCUCCCCCGUGGGGCAGAAAAAUUCGUCUCAGGGCAACAGCAUCUCCGGACUCGCCACGACAACCGCAUCUGUCGCCAAGCAAACGGCCACUAGUGUAUCACCAGUGGUGGGGACGGCCAAUCACAGUCAGAGACACAGACAAGUGGGUGGAGCUAAUCAGGGGGUGAAGACAAUCACAUCUGUGUCCACGGCCACAGCGUCUCCACUCGCACAGGUGUCGUCCUCCAGCGCUCUGCUGGGCUCGGCCGGUCCAUCUCUGCCGCUGGGUUACGGGAUGUUGGGUGGUCUGGUUCCCGUCUCUCUCCCGUUCCAGUUUCCAAACCUGCUGAAUCUUCCUUCCUCUGUGGUUUCCACGGCGACCACCGGCGUCUCGACCAAUCCCAGCAGCUCAGGGUUCAACCUUUCCCAGAAUGUGUUAAAGGGUCUCAUGUCAGGGGCUCAGGCCGCUCUGCCGCCACACUUACAGCUGGCUUUCUCAGAUGUCAAUCAAACGCAGGGCGGAGACAUAAAGAGGAAGACCUUAUGACAUCACGGACUGACCCCGCCCACUUUUAUGCAUGAUCUGCUGGCCGUCCAAUGAGACGGAACCAUUUUUAUACGCAUUUGAAUAUUGAUGCUGAUGAAUAAUGUUAUUUGUUUAAAUGAUGAUCCGUAGGUUGUACAUAUGUAUCAAUGUUUACACAGACAGACCUGAUCACUGUGACGGGGAGGGAAACACUUGCGUGCGUGCGUGUGUGUGUGUUUGCAUGUCAAUUAGCGCGCAGCUUCUGUAAAUGAUUUUUUUAAAGUGUGUGUGAAUAUUGGUGAGCGGGCGAGUGAAGGUGUUCCUCCCUCUCUGGUGUGGGUCGGUGUCUCCGGUGCUGUUCACCAACAAACGCCCCUUUAAAAUGAUGAAAUAAACUGAAAACCAAAUGACGAAGGGCAGGAGGGCGGCCAUUGUAAUAUACUUGAACUUUCAGGAUUUGUUUACUUGCGUUUCAGGACACGAGCAAAAUAAAAAUGCAGAAGCCUUAGU